GCCAGCCGGGGGAGCGGGAGAGGCCGCGCCGCUGCUCCCGGCAGCUGAUCGCCGGGAAGGGGGAAGCGCCGCAGCUCGGUGCCCGCUGAACACCUGUCAGCCCGUGGAGCCUGAUUAAUACCUGGCCUUGGCAGCCUCUCCGCUGGGGAUUUCCCCCUCUUCCCACUUCUUUUUUUUUUUUUUUUUUUUUUCUUUUCGCCUUCCCCCCUCCCUUCCUGGAGCUGUGUGAAAGGGGGUAUUUUCUUCAGGGUAUAAAACUGAGAAUCCAGAGGAAGAGAGGCUAAGAGCUUCACCUCAUUGCCUCAUUCUCCCUUUCAUGUGAACAUCCUGCAACAUUUCCUUCAUCCUGCCGCACCUCUCACCUGGCCAGCGCUGCCCAGAUCAUGUCCGCUAAGCUCCUGCCGGUUUUCUUCCUCCUCUCAGUGUUUCACGCCUGUUCUAGAAAGGUUGAAGAGGAUGAAUAUGAAGAUGGAACAACUAACCAAAAAUGGGUUUUAGCUCCAAAAACACAAGACACAGAUGUGACUCUCAUACUGAACAAGCUGUUGAGAGAGUAUGACAAAAAGCUACGGCCAGAUAUUGGAAUAAAACCAACAGUUAUUGACGUUGACAUUUAUGUCAACAGCAUUGGUCCUGUAUCAUCAAUAAAUAUGGAAUAUCAAAUUGAUAUAUUUUUUGCCCAGACGUGGACAGAUAGCCGUCUUCGCUUCAACAGCACCAUGAAAAUACUGACUCUGAACAGCAACAUGGUUGGCUUGAUCUGGAUCCCAGACACGAUAUUUCGUAACUCGAAGACAGCGGAGGCUCACUGGAUCACCACCCCCAACCAGCUCCUCCGCAUAUGGAAUGAUGGCAAGAUCUUGUACACCCUCAGGCUUACCAUCAAUGCUGAGUGCCAGCUGCAGCUGCACAAUUUCCCAAUGGAUGAACAUUCAUGUCCUCUGAUAUUCUCUAGCUAUGGCUACCCUAAAGAGGAAAUGAUUUACAGGUGGAGGAAAAACUCAGUGGAGGCUGCUGACCAGAAAUCUUGGAGACUCUAUCAGUUUGACUUUAUGGGUCUCAGAAAUACUUCAGAAAUUGUGAAAACCUCUGCAGGUGAUUAUGUAGUCAUGACUAUAUACUUCGACUUAAGUAGAAGAAUGGGAUACUUUACUAUUCAAACAUACAUUCCCUGUAUAUUAACAGUUGUUCUUUCCUGGGUAUCCUUUUGGAUUAAAAAAGAUGCCACACCAGCAAGAACAGCAUUAGGCAUCACCACAGUAUUGACCAUGACAACUUUGAGUACCAUUGCAAGAAAGUCAUUACCCCGUGUCUCCUAUGUCACUGCUAUGGAUUUGUUUGUGACUGUAUGCUUUCUAUUUGUCUUUGCUGCUCUGAUGGAGUAUGCAACCCUCAACUACUACUCAAGUUGCAGGAAACCAAACUGUACUAAGAAGAAAAAGUCGCUACCUGAUGUCAGUUUUGGUCAUGUGAUGAAUUAUUCUGUACUUGAUAUGAGACCACCAACUACAGUCAUCACAUUGAACAAUGCCAUGUACUGGCAAGAAUUUGAAGAUGCGUGUGUCUAUGAAUGUCUGGAUGGGAAAGACUGCCAGAGCUUUUUCUGUUGUUACGAAGAGUGUAAAUCAGGCUCAUGGAGGAGAGGACGGAUUCACAUAGACAUCUUAGAACUGGACUCUUACUCUAGGGUCUUUUUUCCUACAUCCUUCCUGCUGUUUAACCUGGUCUACUGGGUUGGAUACCUCUAUCUUUAAAUGUUGCCUGUAGUGGUGAAGACUGCUGUUUUCACACUGUGGAGGGAUGGUGAAAGUGCAGAAAAAGUGAAGGACAUGGUCAGUUUCAUCUCAAAUUAUAAAGGCCACAUUAACCUUCACCAUCACAGAGCCUGAUGAAGAAUUUUAAUAUGUAAUUGCCUGAAAAAGAAAAACAUGGAAGAAUUCUCUCCUUACUGCUAUUCAUUUUAAGGAAAAGAUUCUUACAAAAUUCAGCUGAAUUUGUAGUAUAAGCGAUGUUUAUGAAUAAUUCUUGUAUAUUAGAAUCUCUACUAUUCUCCCUUGGCAUAGAAGCUAUACACAGUUCAGGCAAAGGUUAAAUAUGUCAUUUUUGUUUUUCAUUCCCAUACUUUCUUCAAAAUGCUGCCAUAUCCCUGAGGCUCAGAGCAACAUACAUUGGCACUGGCGAAUAAGCCAAAGCCGAUGAAACCACUCAUUUGUAUUUAAACUUGCUUGAGCUAUGUCCCACAGGUUUUGGAAAUAUUUCAUUGAUGAUCUCCUUGCUAUACAGAAACCACCAAAAGACAGUAAGAAAUGUCUCUGGUGGGAUCAAAACAUGGACGUUACUUUCUGCAAAGGUCUGGGAUUCAUGGAAUUAGCCAGUUACCUACACAUAUUGGUUUUAACUUAAGGUGAAAAGGCAGAGUUAUAAGAAAGCUAUUAUUUUGAUAUAAAUAAAAGACUUGCCUAUCUCUGAGGCAACUGUAGGCAUAACUUCUACAGUUUUUCAAGCUUUUAACUGUCUUUUUUAUGACUGGUUAAACACAGGAUGGUCACUGAUUUCUAGAGUACUCUACUUGAAGCAGGACAUGAUUCCUUCUUGUUUAUGUCAUUGUAGCAGAUCAUAGUUGAUAGGCCAUGAGUAAAAAUCCCUAUGAAUAGCACUAAGAAUAUGUGACUUCCUUCAGAUUGCAAUUUACUAAAAAGUGCUUUCAUGCAUUCUUAUUUUUUCUCUCAAAGUUAUUUUACAAAAUUAAAAAACAUGUGUGCCAAAGGUCAUUUUUUGUUCCUUCCAUAAAGUCAAAUACUGCAGUUCUUACUCACAGCAGUUGUUCCCUGAGUCUGAGCUGAAGACUGAACACUUUUGACUUGGAUAGUGCAUUACGGGAACUCAGUUGUCACACUUGGAUUAACCAUGGAAUAGUUGCCACAUGUAGAAACAGCUUGUUUUCAUUUUUUUCCUAAACUACCAACUAUAUUUUACCCUAAAAAGCUAUUUUGUACUUUUCAAGCUUUUGACCAUUAAAUUCUUAAACUACCCAUUUUUUCAAAAACUACAGUGUUAAACUAGAUUACAUCUUUUACAGACUGUCUCAGUAAUUGUCAUUAAGCAAACAAAACAGAUUCAAAAUUAAAUAGCAAUGGCUUUUCACUAUCCUUUGGAUGACAAAUGGUUACAAAAGAUUAAAGGUAAAACAUGUCUAAAACCAAAAUUCUAUUCUUUUUCUCUUCUGGAGGACCUGAUAGUUUUUUUAUCAUCUCAAAAAAUGAGUGUGUCUUCCACACAGUAUUUGAUAAAAAAUGAGUAGUAGAUGUGAUUGAAGAGCAGUUCUUUUUCUCCUCAGAAGGAAAAUCCUGCAAACAGGCAAAAACUAAUGCAAUGGUAAUUCUAAAGGAAAGGAAAUGCUGUCAUGUUCUUUGAAACAUCACUGUCUGUCAUUGCUGUUGCUCUGUGCUUCCAGUGAGUUUUUAAUCGAAAAAAAUUACUAACACAGAAGCUAACUGUAGUUAUUCAAAAUACUUUCUUCUGUUUUUCACUUGCCUAAAAUAUCAGAGACAGAGCUUGGUUUACGUGGGGGAGGGGAAUAACUUCUCUAAGGACUGACAAAAUCCAAAUUAGAAGCACAGAGAAGAAAUAUUUGGGGGCAGGAUCAAAACCUUAUUUUUAGCAAAAUCUGCCCAGUCUGGUAUCUUCUAAACUCAUGAUAAGCUUCUGAUUUCAAAAUACAUGCUGAAGUUUUUGCUAACUCUCAGUAGCAAAUUACUCUGUAAAAUCUAUUACUCCGUAAACCUCCGUGUCCUGCACUUGGAAGUAUGGAUUUUAUUUGGUGAGAGAUAUAUUUUCAGCAGUGCAAGAAGGUGAUUGAAUUGAAGUUGAAUAUCCUGCUCUCUAAUUAUGAAUUAAUCUACUCUAACAGCCACCUUCAGCCAUAUUUUGCAAGAAUACUAGAAAUAUUUCAAGCCUAUAUAAAAGAAUGGAAGCAAUUAUCCUUUAGGGGCCUGAUCCUGCAAACCCUCUGCACAAUCAAUUGAUUUUGGUGGGACUAUUGAGACAGAUGAGGCACAAGAAGGUGCCUUCCACCAUUAGAUCUUGAACAGGUAAAGUGAGGUUUACCUAGCAAUUGCGUACUUGAGUGAAUGUCCUGGGAGUAAGUGUGGAAAUGGAACAUUCCCAUUUUAGAUGAUGAGCAUAUACUUCUCUUACACUUCUGCUCAUGGCUACCCAUUCCUGCUAAAAGCAUGCAAUCCCAUCAGAUCCUUCCUUGGAAGACUGAUUAUGCUAAGUCCAUUCAUAUUGCCUCUGUUUUCUGAGUGCUUUAAUAAACAGAAGUUGGAAGCAUAUAAUUCCACUUUUUUCCACCUAACCAAGAAAGAAUCUGCAGACACUACUGGCUUCCACUCUUAUACUGAUAGCAGAGGACAUAUUCUACUGUGUAAUACAUUCUACUCUGGGGUUAUGUGCAAAAAAUUGAUUUAUAUGCAAGGUGAGUGGCUGCAGGCUGACAGGUUCCAGAAUGCAUUCCUCUGCUUAUUCCUAGUUGCUUUGUUUAGUCUCUCUGCUUCACUGCUCUGUGCUCUGGCAGCCACUGAAAAACCAUAGAGAUCAGGAAGAUAAGCUUUCUAGGCUCUGCAUCAUUCAAAAUGCAAUUAUUCUACACACCUAGAUAUAGGUCUCCAUAAAUCUAUGUGCCAUAUCCUUCUGUAGUAGUAAGAAUAUCCUUAUUAACUUCCAGAUAUUCUUUUGCUUCCUUCGCAAAUUGAAAAAAAUUAACACUUCUGUGCACUGUCCCAUGAGAAAUUUAAGAACAACAUUUUAGCAUUUUAGAACAUUUUCUUAUCAGAUAAUUUCAUGUUCACGACUUGCAUUUAAUCAACUACUACUUUUUGUUAUUUAGUACUUCUUUUUUACCCUUCCAAGGAAGGGAAGGGAACAGAGGAAGGCAAAACCAAAUGACUAGUGAAAUGAACGCAUUUGGAUAUGUAUGUAAAACCACAAAAUCAAGUAUCUUCACAUUACAUUCCUUCCUUUUUGAAGUUACAGAAAAAAUUGUGAGGGUUUGUUUAGAUAACCAACUUUCCCCAGGAGGAUCUAAAGUCAAACCUCUUAUUCUCCUCCUUCAGUUAGAAGUUGAUGGACAGUGUUUUCCUGCACUGAGGGCAGCAUUUUCAAGGCAAUUAAGAAUGUAUAAAAAUACUGGUCUGCUUAAUUCAGUCUUCUCAGUUCUUCUGGCCCUGAUGCCUAGCAUACUGACAGCUCCUUCUUUUACAGCCAAGAAUAAGUGCACAAGAACUUGCACCCAGUUUAUGCUGUCUCCAUGUCCAGACCACACAAUUUUAAUGUAACUUUCUAAUCAAGAAGUAUGGCUGUAGAUUAAAACACCUCAGGCACUUUAAUAACCGUUCUUCUCUUGCAGAUGUUUAUUUUCUCUUUCAUCAGCUCUCAACUGUAUAUUGGUAUAUUGCACAUACCAAUAAAACCGAUAAAAAUUACAAGAGGAAGAAUCAAAAAAGCCACAACUGUCUUCACAGAGACAGUGAUGAGUAGUGAAGCUAAAAGAGGAGGAAGAAAUUAUUUUUUAUUGCUGUGCAGUUUUCUGUCCCACUACUCUUAUUCAAUUCUUCCCACCAACUGCCCACAGCUAAUUCCAAAUCAUCCACCUGGUGGUUUGCACAUUCAUCAGCUGGAGCAGCAGUGACACAUGAGCCUUUAGCUGAUAGGAAAUCAUAUUUCUGGAACUGGAGGCAUCCUGCUGAAUAACUCGGAGAGCUACCUCAAACACUUGCAGCCGUAAUGUGUCUCAGAGUCUAGCAUCUCAUGUUGCUGCAUGAAUUUAUCAUAACUCACCUUACUUGGUAAUUUCAUGAAGGGAAAGGAUGCUUACCUCCUUUUUACACCAAAUUUCACCAUACAUCUAGAAAAAUGGCUCUGUCCUGCUCCAAGCAACUAGGUGCAAGACAGCUCUGGAAAGACCAUAGUUGCUGUACUGCUGAUUUUGUGGGAAGGAAGACUCAAUAUUUUAAGACAGAUUUCACUAGCCUCACCAUCUGGAGGGUCGGUGUUACCUUCUAAGCUGUAAAAGUGCCCACUGCAACUUGUCCAUAACAGACUGUACUUUUCCCAUUGGCUGCUCCUUCUGGGUUUCUAUAAAGCACUAAGAAAAGGCAAGCCAUAUUGCAUAAUUUUAACUGCCCACGCAAUUAGAUGAUUUUUUUCACAAUAUACUCUUCUUCUUGCUUACAGUGAAAUCUUUGUGCCUCUUACAUUAGUGUGGCUUAGUGCUGUUAGCAUUUCUUGAUAUUGAAGGAUAUACUAUUCCUGGCCUGAGAGUUAGAAAGAGGGACAAUGACCUUGCUGGAGUUCUUCCUAAGCACCACAGUGUGUGACCAAUAUUCUAGAUGACUUCAACUACACAUUGAGAAUUUGUCUGAUUUUUCUUUAUUUUUUUAAGCAGUCUGUAGGUUUCUUAAUUCCUAAGUAGCAAGAAAACUGCAGUGGGAUUUCAGCAGUUUAGCAGAAUCCUUCCUUCUUCACUCAACAACUUAAUUCCACCAAGAGAUGCAAAGCCUAAACUCAAGGCUGAUGUUUACCUCAUCCAGGUCACUUCCCAGAAGACUGUUUAAAACAGGCAAAAAAAAAA